UUGAAGCAGUUAAGAAUGUCUCUGCCAAAUCAACAAACAGCUAUUUUUAAUCCGCCUCCACCAGAGUAUAUAAAUACUAAGAAAAAUGGAUGUUUGACAAAUCAACUGCAGUAUCUACAAAAAGUUGUCCUGAAGGCAUUAUGGAAGCAUAGUUUUUCUUGGCCGUUUCAGCAGCCUGUGGAUGCCCUGAAAUUAAAGUUGCCUAAUUUCUUCUUCAAAGCUAUAGAUUAUUAUGCUAUUGUUAAAAACCCAAUGGAUUUAAAUACAAUUAAGAAGCGCUUGGAGUAUAAAUAUUAUGUGAAAGCUUCAGAAUGUAUAGAAGACUUCAAUACAAUGUUCUCAAAUUGUUAUUUGUCCAACAAGCCAGGAGAUGACAUUGUUCUUAUGGCACAAGCUUUAGAGAAGUUGUUUGUGCAAAAAUUAUCUCAGAUGCCACAGGAAGAACAAGUUGUGGGUGGUAAGGAAAGAAUAAAAAAAGGCACUCAACAGAAUGUAGUAGUUUCUUCUGUUAAAGAAAAACCAUCUCCCAAAGCACCAGAAAAAGGAUUUAAGCAGCAAGCAAUUCCUUCUGUAUUUCCUGAGACGUCUGUUUCUCCCUUAAAUGUAACACAAAGCACUCCACUCAUCUCUACCUCACAAACAGUGGCCCAAGUUACAAGGGGUGUAAAGAGGAAAGCAGAUACAACUACUCCUACAACUUCAGUAGUUAAAGCAAGUAGUGAAUCUUCCCCAGCACUUACAGAAAAAAAAUCAGUGAAAAUGCCACCUAUAAAAGAAAGUGUGCUAAAGAAUGUUUUGCCAGAUUCUCAGCAACGAUAUGAAGUUCUAAAGAGUGUUAAAGUAACUGAACAAUUAAAGCAUUGUAGUGAGAUUCUUAAAGAGAUGCUUGCAAAGAAACACUUGUCAUAUGCAUGGCCCUUUUACAACCCUGCUGAUAUUAAUGCCUUGGGACUUCAUAAAUGUUGUGAUAUUGUCAAAAAUCCCAUGGAUCUUGGAAUUAUUAAGCAAAAAAAAAAAAUGGAUAACCAAGAAUAUAAGGAUGCAUAUGAAUUUGCUGUAGACGUUAGAUUAAUGUUCAUGAAUUGCUACAAAUACAAUCCUCCAGGUCAUGAAAUAGUGACAAUGGCGAGAAUGCUCCAGGAUGUUUUUGAAAUUCAUUUUGCAAAGAUCCCAGAUGAACCUGUUGAGAGUAUGCCUGUAUAUUACAUCAAAACAGAUACCACAAAAACCCCUGGUAGAGAAAGCGGUAGUGAAGCUUCUUCUGAAGAUAACUCUUCUGAUGAUUCUGAAGAUGAACGAGUUCAGCAUCUUGCAAAGCUUCAGGAGCAGCUUAAAGCUGUUCAUCAACAGCUACAUGUUCUGUCCCAAGUACCUUCCCGUAAGCUAAAGAAAAAGAAUGAGAAGUCUAAAAAGGAAAAGAAAAAUGAAAAAUUAAAUAACAGAGAUGACAAUCCAAGGAAAAAGUUUAAGCAAGUGAAAUUAAAGGAAAAAUCCAAGGACAAUCAACCAAAGAAGAAGAAACAAGUCUUUGCUCUGAAAUCUGAAGAUGAAGAUAAUGCUAAACCUGUGAACUAUGAUGAGAAAAGGCAGUUAAGUUUGGAUAUAAACAAACUCCCUGGAGACAAACUUGGGCGAGUAGUUCAUAUAAUACAGUCAAGAGAGCCUUCACUGAGAAAUUCCAAUCCUGAUGAGAUAGAGAUAGAUUUUGAAACACUGAAAGCAUCUACACUAAAAGAACUAGAAAAAUACGUUGCAGCAUGUCUAAGAAAAAGACCACCAAAACCUCAUGCUAAGAAAAUAAUGAAGGCCAAAGAAGAGCUUCAUUCACAGAAAAAACAAGAAUUGGAGAAGCGGUUACAGGAUGUCAAUAAUCAAUUAAACUUGAGAAAACGUCAAACAAAAUCUAAGAAAACAGAAUCCACCAAAGCAGUUGGAGGUGGUUCCUGAUUAAGUGAAAGCAGUAGCAGCAGCAGCAGCAGCAGUAGCAGCAGCAGCAGCAGCUCAUCAGAGUCUGAAAGUAGCAGUGAUUCAAGUUCUUCAGACAGCAGUGAUUCUGAAUCAGAAAUGUUUACUAAAUUUACUGGAGUAAAACAGAAUGAUUCUCCUUCUGGAGAGAAAGUAAAGAUACAGUCCUCUGUGCAAGAUGCAACGUCUAUGAAAACUACUCUUAUUCAUCAAACCACACAUUCAUAUGGAACACCAAAUCACCACCAGUUAGUGUUUAAUCAUCAAGAAUUAGAACAUUUACAGAGUGCCAAAAACAUUUCACCUUUACAAAUUCUGCCUCCCUCAGGUGAUUCUGAGCAACACUUGAAUGGCCUAACUGGGAUGCAUCAGUCUGGUGAAACUGACACAAAAGUGUUAGAAUCUGAAUGUCAAGGUCCUGUGCAGAAGGAUAUAAAAAUCAAGAAUGCAGACUCUUGGAAAAGUUUAGGCAAACCAGUCAAAACAUCAGGUAUACUGAAAUCCUCAGAUGAGCUCUUCAACCAAUUUAGAAAAGCAGCGAUUGAAGAAGAAGUACAAGCACAAACACAGGAUCUAAUUUGAAAACAUCUGGAACAAAAUACAAAGGAGCUGAAAGUAUCCCAAGAAAAUCAGAGGGACCUUAGUAACGACUUUGCUCUAGAAUCUUUUUCAAGUGAAAUGCAAAACAAGUGCCUUGGAGAAGAGCAGAAAGAAAGUCAGCAGUCUUUGGAAGCUCAAGAUAACUGCAAACUCUGGCUUCUCAAAGAACAUUUAGCAAGAGAGAGAGAACAAGAGCGAGGAGGAGAGAAAGCAAUGGCUGGUACCAUUGAUAUGACUCUCCAAAGUGACAUUAUGACAAUGUUUUGA